UAAACGCCAUGAAAACGACAAAAGCAGUACGAACAACACUAGCAGUAUCUUUCGAGAACUGACUUUACAAAAGAUGUAUAUGACUCAAAAUGUAUGCAUUAGAGUUUUUUUUUUUUUUUUUUUUUACAUUCUACCUGACCAUGGCAUACCAAACUUCAAAUUCACCCUAUGUCCUCGGUACAGGCUUUUCUCUUCCUAGCAAUAUCCAGGACAUCUGCAAAAGGCACUUCAAUGUUAUACCAAAGCAGGGUCAGCUGGACGUAGUUUCGAGGAUUGGAGAAGGCAAGGACACUAUCCUUAUUGCAGGCUGUGGAUGGGGAAAGUAUCUUGUUGGAACAGGAAUCCCUAUCGAGUAUUUUGGACUGGACUCCCCUCAAUGAGAACUUUCCUUCUGAGGUAAUGGGUGUUUUGCGUCAGUUCUUUUGGAAUA